AUCAAUUAAAAUGUACAAAUAAACAAAGUUUUGGUGGCUUUUAGUCUUUUGGACACUAUCAAUAGGGGAGUGAUUGAGUGGGUAUAAGAUAUGAGGUUUAGAACUUUAGUUUGGGAUAUCAAUUAGGAUUCCAUUAUUGAUGGCUACAGACACAAGUAUUGGACCUCAUUUUUCUGAAGCUCCUCUUCCUGCCCAAUGCCAAAGAUUGUUGGGAAAAGUUGCUGUGGUAACCGGAGGUGCGAGUGGCAUCGGGGAGAGCAUUGUCCGUUUAUUCCACAAGCACGGCGCAAAAGUCGUCAUAGCUGACAUUCAAGACCACCUCGCCCUCCAACUCUGCGCGUCCCUCAGAGCGGACAGCUCCGAGGGCCCGCGCUUUGUCCACUGCGACGUGACCGUGGAGGACGACGUGAGCCGCGCGGUCGACUUCGCGGUGGACGCGUUCCGGUCCCUCGACAUAAUGGUCAACAACGCCGGCACGUCGGGCCCGCCCGUCCCCGACAUCCGGGACUUCCGCCUCUCCACGUUCGAGAGCGUGCUCGACGUGAACGUGAAGGGCGUGUUCCUCGGGAUGAAGCACGCCGUCCGGGCGAUGAUCCCGCCCGGGCGAGGCGGGUCCAUCGUCUCCCUGGGGAGCGUGGCGAGCGUCGCAGCCGGCGUGGGAACCCACGCGUACACGGCAUCCAAGCACGCCGUGCUGGGCCUGACCCAGAACGUCGCGGCGGAGGUGGGGAAGCACGGGAUCCGCGUGAACUGCGUGUCCCCGUACGCGGUCCCCACGGGGCUGGCGCUCGCGCACCUGCCGGAGGAAGAGAGGACUGCCGGCGCGAUGGAGGGGUUUCGGGCCCUCACGGGCCGCAACGCCAACUUGCGCGGCGUGGAGCUGACGGCGCGGGACGUGGCGGACGCGGUGGUGUUCUUGGCGAGUGAUGAGGCGAGGUACAUCAGUGGGGUGAACCUCAUGGUUGAUGGUGGCUUCUCAUGUGUCAACCACACUUUUCGAGUCUUCAGAUAAAUGAUUGCUAAAUGCUAGCUUUCGUGGUAUUUAUGUUCUCAAAUAUUGUGUUUCAUGAUCUUCUCCACAAUAAUUUACCAACCCAUCAGUCCAUAAUACCUUGUGCUUAAAGUUUUAUAAUUUAUAUGUAUGUGGCCUCGUUUGAAUUUCUAAAGGUCAUUUGAAUGAAUUUCUAAACCCCUAGCCGUCUCCGGAUUCUUAUUGACCAAUA